GCAAAGCUGUAGAAGAUAAUACCAUCUGUGAAGAUACUCCAGCAUUUUCACCCGUUAAUUUCUAUACUUUGAACCRAUUUAACAGUUAUAAGCCUCCUAUGACAUAUAUUAACUGACAGGGCGUUUGUUUUGAUCUUCGUUAGCGGUAAUUUGCGGAAUAUUUCCACGKAGAAUUGGACAAGCAUCAAACUACUGAGCUACACAGUCGGCGCCGGGAUUUGAAGAAUUUUUUGGUCGUCGAAUUUCCCUCUUCAAUUCCUGUCCUUUUUUAUGGACUUGGAUAAAAGUCUUUCCUGGUUUCACCGUAAGCUUGGAAGAUAUGACAAGGCAUCAUGGGAAAGAACUUUUGAAGAACAAGAACAAGAGCAGAUUUCUGCUCACAUUACAAAAAAGCCAGGAAAUCUCAAACCAGAGCUUAUAGAUGUUGACCUUGUAGUAGGAUCAACAUUUCACAAAGCUAAGCCUGUUCAUACAUGGAUAGAUGUYGCCAGAAAAGGUCUUUGUAGAGUUGUAUUUUACCCUUUCUAUGGAGCUUGGUGGAGACAACAGACUUCCUGUAGAAUAUGGCUGUUGUUCCUGUUUUUAUAUUUCUGUGAGAUUUUUACUGUAGUUAUUUAUACGUUUAAGUAUGACUCUAGCUUCAAGAUUGUAUCUUGGACAGAAGUUUAUGGACCAGCUUUGGUUAUGAUACUCUUAGGCACUCUUCACUUCCACAUGGUGUCAACCGAUCAUGAUGAAAAUAUCAGACGAAGAAGAAAAACUAAACAGAUCAAAAAGAGGCGUGUAAACCGACCAAAAAAGGAAAAUGAAAAGAGUAAGCCCAGUGAUGUGCCAAUUACACAGAAUGGAGUCCACAAUGGUUAUCAUCAAGAUACUAGCAUUAGAAAGAGAAAAUCUGACAAGGAAACUGGUGAACCAGGAUCCAUCCAAAUGCUUGAUGUCAAUUCAUCAAUUGAUACCAAAGAGAAUGAUCGAUCAGAAGAUGAUGCCAGCGUCAGUAGUGAUUCAACGGCAUCAACCAGUGAUAGUGACGUCAGUGAYGUCGAGAUGGAUAGUACUAAUGAAGAUGAUCCUUAUUUUGCUUCAGUGAAGAAAUCUUUUCCAAAUGGUGAUGAAAGUUACCCUACUCCUCCUACAGCAGAAAUAGUCAUGGUUUCAGUGUGGGAAGGCAAGCAAUGUAAAAAAGCUCACAUGACUUUGAUGGAAAUUAGUGCAGCCAUUGCGAAUAAAGUUGUAAGUAUUGUAAUGAUGUUGUCCAGAGAGAAUGAUCUCUCAUUAGAAACAUUUAAUCAUCCAGAAGACUUGUUUAGUGCUGUCUUUGGUUAUACUGUAUGGUCUAGAUUGAUUGUUAUUAUUGGCAUCAUGGAGAGACUUGUUCUUAGCUUUUCAUUUUUCUUUUUGCUGUGUGUGGCAGAAAGRUCUUAUCGAGAGCGUUGUUUAUAUGCCAAGCUGUUUGGUUGGCUGACAUCAUCACGCAAGGCAAGAAGGGCUGGCCUUCCGCACUUCAGGYUGCAUAAAGUUCGUAAUAUUAAAACUUGGUUAUCGCUACGUUCACUGUUAAAGCGACGUGGUCCACARAGAUCUGUAGAUAUGAUAGUUUCAUCGUCCUUUCUUCUKGGCAUAGCUUUAGUGAUUGUCAUGUGUGCACAGCUUUUAAAGGGUACAGAGAAAGAAAGAUUCCCAUCUCUCAUGUUCAACUGGGAAGUCUCAGUAUGGGGACUUGCUCUCUGCAUCUAUGUCUUGCGAUUCAUGACACUUGGUGCAAAGGUGAAUCUGAAAUACAGAAACACUUCUGUUGUGCUGACAGAGCAGAUUAACCUUUAUUUACAAAUGGAGAAAGCACCACACAAGAAAGAYGACUUAAUGAUUGCUCAUAAUGUAUUAAAGUUGGCUGCAAAAUUAUUAAAGGAAAUAGAAAGUCCGUCCAAGUUGUCAGGGUUGUCGAUGAACCCUCUCCUGUACAAUAUCACAAGGGUUGUCGUCUUAUCUCUUUUCUCUGGUGUGAUGUCWGAUUUGUUGGGAUUCAGAUUAAAGGUGUGGAAAAUCAGAGCGUGACUACGCAAACAGAUAUUAUUAAAAUAUAGAUAUAAAAUAUAUAUUUACAUGUAAUAUAUUAUUGUGCAUGAGAUUCAAACUAAGAACCCCGACCAGAGGGUAAAAACCUUCAUAUUUUUAAAGCAAUAUUUAUAGAAAGACUCAGUCAUUAUCAUUUUGAUGUAUAUUCACUAUUUUUCUCUAUGGAUACGGAACAAAGAACUGAAUUAUUACUAUAUUUUUUUUUCUGUUCACUGUUAUAGAAGUUUACUGUUAUGUGUCAGUGUUUAUUUAUACAAAAARCCCUCAAGAAACCUGUUUAGAAACCUUUCAGCCAUCAAAUGGGGUCUUGCUCCAACAUAAACCAAAAGAAUUCCAUUUUAGCAUCUGCUAUAAACAAGAAUUUACACUCCUGUAAUAUUCCUUGUGAAUUUUUGAUAGGCAAAUUAGAGCUUCCGGCCUUGUGUCCUAUUUUGAUAUGUCAAAAAAGACAAAAAGUGAUAACUGUAUGUCCCGUUAUCAUGCCACUGUAAAGGCCCGUUUACACUUGCGAUUAUUGCAGCGCGAUUGUUGCGUGACAAUCACCUGAGUUUCGAACAUGCUUGAAAUUUAACUGCAACUCGUGGCGAUUUUCGAUCGAUGUGACAAUCGCAGGGCUGUUUACAAGUACGAUUUGAGGUACGUGAGAACAAAGUGGCGAUUGUUGUGCCACAAUCUCGCUACAAAAAUCACGCGCUACAAAAAAGUGUAAAUGGGCCUUAAAACUAUUGUAGUUAUUUUGUUUAUUUGAAUGUGAGGUAUUAUUUUUUACAUGUACUAGUUUAUAUCACUGCAUAGAAUGCCCAAUGUGAAAACUGAUGGCGCUUCACCUUUGAAGAAAAUAUUAAAAUGUUCUUGCCCUA